AUAGUAAUCCUACUACCCGAAAGUCUUCGAGUUUUACCAAAUAUUCUCAAAAACGUUUAAAAAUGCCUGACGUGGAAGCAAGAAUGGAGACCAUGCUCUUCAAUUACCAGACUACAUACAAAACGGACUAUCGAAGGGGGGAAAUAAUCCCCCAUGUUCCCACUGUUUAUAAAGAAAAGCCGACAUGCUUAAGAAUGAGGCCCCCGCCUCUCAAGGACGUGCAUACACUGACAGCUUGGAGAAAGAAUGCUAUACCGUUCAGCUUGAUGCAUCAUCCGAAGCCUAUUAUUAGGACGGACCCGAAUAAAGUGCCGGAAUCUUUUGUGGCACCCAUCGACACGGAAAAAGAGAAAGUUAUCAGGACCCGUCCCCGCGUGGUCAUGUCUCCGGCAGUCGCCCUGGAUGAUCUAGACCCUGAGACACGCAAGAUUCUCUGCGAGUCAAUGUAUACUAGUAACACGACCAGAGCCUCGAGGGAAGCGAUAGCUAAUUAUUUUACUGUGAAGGCGCCCAUGCCAAGCCUGCCUGCGCCCGCUAACCCGAUAACGCUUCCAUCACUAGAGUUCCCCUACGUAUCUCCAGAAUGGAGGAUGGAGACCGUCCAGUGGGAUAGAAAACAAUUGAGAGGCUAUUGUGAUCCAACCAAGGAGUUCUGGCUCGCGGAAAAAUUGCCGCCUUGCAAAGCGUGCGAAGAGACGGAGAUUGUGAGGGCAGACAGGGAUAUGCGUUACAAAAUGAAGACUGGAAGGUUUUGAUAAAUAUCCUAGGGUAGAUGAGGAAAUAUAACAUUUAUCUAUUUGAAUGACGAUGAAAAACGUUGUAGGUCGUUUCGAUGCGUUGAACAUACGAAUUGCGUAGGUAUCCUAAACUUUUUCUUCAUUUUAAUGACGAAUGAAUUCGAAUAGGAAAUAUUUAAUUUUAAUGGUUACAAAUACCUAUUUAUUUAAUUACGUUUUUCGAACUAGAAUUAAUUUGAUAUAAUUUAGAUGAAAGUCAAACAUUAUUUUAGAUAGCUUUAUGGGAAUUGUGUCGCUUUAUUUUUAAUUUAAUUAAUUUUAGAUCUUUAGUUUUAUUUGUAGCUGCCUACCUACAUCUCGUUCGUAAUAAAAUAUUUAGAAUUAUA